UCUUAAACCUUUUUUUAAAAAAAAAUCCCGUCUUUUCCCUCCUCCUUCUCCCCAUCCUGCUCCCCCUAAGGAGAACCCCCGUCUUUAUGUUAUGCUCCCCGGAGACCUUUUCAGGUCUUCCCGUCCCUUUGUUUCUUCGACUUUUUCUUUUUUAAAUGUAUAACUUGAUGGGUCUCAACGGCACCGCCGGAGCCAUCCAGCCGAAUGUCUCCUGUACAUGCAACUGCAAACGGUCUUUGUUUCAGAGUAUGGAGAUCACCGAGUUGGAGUUUGUACAGAUAAUCAUAAUCGUGGUGGUGAUGAUGGUGAUGGUGGUGGUCAUCACAUGUCUGCUGAACCACUACAAACUCUCUGCACGGUCCUUCAUCAAUCGGCACAGCCAAGGGCGGAGGAGAGAGGAAAACCUAUCAUCAGAAGGAAGCUUGUGGCCUUCAGAAAGCACAGUUUCAGGAAAUGGCGUAACAGAGCAGCAAGUCUACACGCCAAGACCGACAGACAGGCUAGCUGUUCCAUCCUUCUUACAGAGGGACCGUUUCAAUAGAUUCCAGCCAACCUACCCUUAUAUGCAGCAUGAGAUCGACCUGCCGCCUACCAUCUCUCUAUCGGAUGGGGAAGAACCCCCUCCUUACCAGGGUCCCUGCACACUACAGCUCCGAGAUCCAGAGCAGCAGAUGGAACUCAACAGGGAGUCUGUCCGAGCGCCUCCCAACAGAACCAUCUUCGACAGUGACCUGAUAGAUAACUCAAUGUACGGGGGGCCUUGCCCUCCCAGCAGCAACUCGGGCAUCAGCGCAACCUGUUAUGGAAGCAACGGCAGGAUGGAAGGACCGCCCCCCACGUACAGUGAGGUCAUUGGUCAUUUCCCUGGCUCGACAUUUUACCAGCACCAGCAGAAUAACAGCGGAAUGCCCUCUAUACUGGAGGGCGGCAGACUCCACCCUUCGUCACAAAUCAGUAGCCUCGAGAGCACAACGGCAUGGAACAAAGAUAAAGAGAAACAAAAAGGUCACCCCUUUUAAAAAGAAAAAAGAAACAAAAACACUCUGCACUUCUUACUAACUGGAGGGGGGAACGUUAUUGAGAGACGGGGAAUCGGUGCACAGAACAAAAUGCCCUUCUCCACUCUUGUGUAGUAUAAAUAUUUACAUGUUAUGUUUGGUCUGAAUGCACAAACGCCAACAAAGCUUGCAAAAAAAAAAAGAAAACCAUUUCUUUGUUGAGCUGUGUCUAGAUUUUUUUUUAUUUUUUUAAAUGAAAUCUGCAGCAGUCCUCUUAUUUUUUUUUUCUUCCUUUCCCCUUGUUUUGUUUCUAGUUGAGCUGUGUGUGUGAAUGCUACUUUUUUUUUUUUUGGUUUAUUUCACUUAACUUUAAAGACAAAAAUAUUUGCACAAAAACAUUUGUUUAAAAGAUCUGCAAUAUAUAUAUAUAUAUAUAAAUAUAUAUUAAAAAGAUAAGAGAAACUGUAUCUGUGUUUGGGGAAGCUGGAGUAUUUUUAUAUGACAAGAGGCCUAUUGCGAAAAAAAGGGGGGAUUUUGUUUUUGUUUUUUCCUGAACUAGAAUUUUGAGCCAGCUCAAAAAAAGCAUGUAUUACAUUGUAAAAAAAAGAAGAAAAAAAACAAAACAAAAACAUUAAAAAAACAAAAGCAGGGGUUUAGAAUUAUUUAUAUAAAUGUUGAAAUUUUGCACUAUUUUUUAAUAUAAAUGUGUCAGUGCUUGUGUUGGUCAAAUGCCUCUAUCACGUCUAAACAAAACUGUUAAGGGAACUACGUCUAAGUGAAGAUUAAAGGAAUCGUAGGGGGAAGGGAAAACCCGGAAGACUUAACCAAGACCAGUAAGGAACAUCACGGAAGGACUGCAUCUUAUGUAAAUGUUUUACUUUCCAGAGUCACAUGAUCAAGUCUCAAAUCUGAGCCGGUUCUGUGGCCAAACGCUGCAUGUUGCACUUGGGUGCAAGAUACCCAGGUAUGAAAUAGACACUCAUUGCUUCAGUAGCCAAGAGCCUGUGCGUAUGUAAAUUGCCAUUUUUUCCCCCUUCUUGGCUAACACCUCUCUGUCUGUGUAUUCUUAAAAGGUGAAAGUGUCUAUUUAUCCACGAGCGCACCCUUCCCAAUUGACCUGGUAUGGGUGCAUAUUCAUUUUUUUUGUACUUCUAUAUUCGUUCCCAAGAACAGAUUGUAAUAACCUGCUUGUCUACCUUGCCUACAAAAUCUGAAUUUUAAAUUUUUAAGGCUUUUUUUUUUUUUUAGCAUGCAUUUGUGUCUUACAAUUACUGGAAGCAUGGUUUAAAGUUUAGGUUUUUUUUAAAAAAAAAACUUAACGCUUACAACUGGAUUCUGCAAAGAUUUAACAUGGAAGGUGUACACAGUUGCUUAGUCUUGUGGUCUAAGUAGCUCGAAUGGAGCUAUACCUAGGCAAGGCAUUCUUCUGUCCCUUCAGUGUUGGGGAUGGCUCUGUGUACAGACCCUACUAAUGCAUGGAGAUACCGCCCAGCGUGGAAACGGAUGUGGGGAUCCCUGCUUGCACAGGGGAUUUUUGUGUGCAGCUGAGCACCGUAAACGUAGGCAUCAUGUUCUUUUGGCAGAAGCUUUGCAGAACCCAGCCCAUUAGAGGGCAACUGAAGGACCCCUUUCUACCGCUACCCUCCUUCUAAUUUCUUGGGGACCAUAAAAAUAUAAGUAGCCAUUAAGACACCUUCUUUUAAUGACUGAGUGAUUGCUUCUAAUUGUCUGUUUAAUAUCAAGCUAAUCUGGUUCUCUUCAGCAAUUAAGUUUUUUUUUAAAAAAAGCUUCACGAUCUCAUAAACCUGUCUUAUAAAUGAUUUUUUUUUUAAAAAAAGACAAUAAUGACCUGAAAACCUGGUCUGGGGAAGCUCAAUUUCCUAUAUGGUUUUAAAUAGUCUUCAUAACCUAAGGUUGGCCAGGUGUGAAGGAUAAGGGCUUCUAGGUCUCGAAUCCUUAUUUGGAAAAGGAGUUUUUGUGGGUGUCCUGUAGAGCCGAGUAAAUUAACAGCUCGGAAAUUCUGUCUUUUACUUGAGUUUGCAUCGUGUCAUCGCAUUUGGGGUCUGCACAACUUGCAGCCAGCCAAGCUUGGAUGCCCUAGUAAAAGGGGCUUAUCAGGUCCCUGGUGGGCCACUGUAGCUGGCUUCGUUUGGCACAGCUGGGCACAAAAAUGCAUAGGCCUAUUUAAAAAUCUGUGAAUUGGGAAAGGAAAGCAUAUGCAGUCUCUGUACUAAAGCCCAUUUCUGGCAGUCUCUGGGUUCCAGCCAUCCAUGUGCUCUGCCUUCACAUUGAAAGAAAUGAAGGGCACGCAGCAGCACGUGGUGUGAUGCCCUCUUGCUACAGUCUGCCUCUGGUUUUAUUUGUUCUUGCUAAAGAGGCAGUGGGCAAGACAUGGGUGGAAACAUGUCAGCUCCUGUGAUGUAUUAAAGGCUAAAGAGUCAUGCUGAAUGCUUUUGAAGGAAACCCUUUACCUCUUUGGAAGGCUGCCCUUCACUCACACCCAGGGCUUUUUUCCUGGGAAAAGAGGUGGUGGAACUCAGUGGGUUGCCCUCGGAGAAAAUGGUCACAUGGCUGGUGGCCCU